CUUGCGUCCGGAAGUUCAGUUUCAUUGACGGGAGAAAUUUAAGGAUAUUUCUCGAAGGGCUGUUGGACUAACAUUGGUUUCUACAGAAAAAAAGGAUAUAUCAAACCUUUGGGUGAAGAGCCUCCAGAUGUGCUGGAGCAGCCCACAAGUUGGCGCAAGAACCGAGUUUUCGAAGGGAAGUAUCUAUUCUUGAGGACUGCUGUUAGGUGGCUUGGUGAUAUGGAACCUGCUAGUAUUGGGAACCUAUGUAUUUUGUACCAGAGCACAGAUUUCCUGGUGGUGAAUAAGCAUUGGGAUAUCCGCAUUGACAGUAAGAUGUGGUUUGAGAAUCUCACAGUCCAGUCUCAGCUGAAGCACCGAUUUCCUGAGCUUGCAGACCCAGAUACCUACUAUGGGUUUAGAUUUUGUCAUCAGCUGGAUUUCUCCACCAGUGGGGCGCUGUGUAUUGCUCUCAAUAAGAUGGCAGCUGCCAAGGCCUAUCGGUGUUUCCGAGAUCGUCUGGUAACCAAGAUUUACCUAGCUCUGGUCAGAGGUCACAUUUCUUUGGACAGAAUGACCAUAAAUCAUGCAAUUGGUAAAAAUACAACAAGAGGAAUGACACACAUGAUGUGUACUGAAGGAAUGCCCGGUUGUCAAAAUCCCAAGUCUUGUCAGACUGAGCUGACUGUUUUGGAAAGAGGUCUCUACAGUGGAGAUCCAGUUACAAAAGUACUCCUCCAACCGUUAACAGGUCGGACGCAUCAGCUGAGGGUUCAUUGCAGUUCUGUGGGGCAUCCCAUAGUGGGUGACUUCACCUACAGUUUCAAGACAGAUAGCAAGCCUUACCGUAUGAUGCUUCAUGCCUAUUACCUGCGGAUUCCAGUGGAAGGAGAGUUAGUAGAGGUGACCACGCCUGACCCCUUCACACCCGUGAUGGACAGUAAUUGGGAAAUGGAAUUGUAUGUCAAUAAUCUACAUAAUAUAAUCAGGGAACUAAAAUUGAAAUGUAUGACAGAUCUGUGUGAUAGGAAUUCUAUUCUUGGAGUUCAGGCUGAAAAAUUACAAGUAAAAAAGUAUAGUGAAGAGACAAAGGAAGAAAGAGAAAAGUGUCUGGAGUGGUUAAAUGAGUGGGCAGUAAGUUAAUAUUUAUGACAUUUUUGUAAUGAAAAGGGUUUUGCCUUGAAGUUGCAUAUUAGAGACUUACAUGGUGGUUUCCUGACUGGAUGGAUGGAACUCCAUUGUUGACCAAGUAUAUAGGGGCAAUCAGAUUUGCUGUGUGCCUAUAUUGUUUUAUUAGUACUGACCAGUCUCACCCCCAUGUGUCUCAUGUUUAUAGGAUUAACAUCUCUGUUGACAUCCUCAUCUUCAGAUUUAUUUUUGAAUCUUUUGGUGAAUGUCUUUGAAAGCUGUUCUUCUUCUUCGGCUAACAUGAGCCUUGAUGUACUGAUGACCACACAACUACAGAAAUAUGCUAUUGACAUGAUUUUAGUUAACUAUGUUUUUUAAAAUAGGCUUUUAAAAUAACAAAAUUUCCCAGUAUAAGAGGAAAUCUAAUUUCUUUUAAAGUUAAGAUUUUUUUUAAAGAUAAUAUAAUAUUUAUGUUGAGAAUUUGGGGGAGGGGAGUUAGCAGCUGUAGUAGAUCCUGGCUCCAAACUAUAUGUCACCUCUUUUACUUUACUUUAUUGUCACCAAACAAUUGAUACUAGAACAUACAAUCAUCACAGUGAUAUUUGAUUCUGCGCUUUCCGCUCCCUGGAUUACAGAUAUUAAAUAUUUAAAAUAGUAAAAAUUAGUAAAUAUUAAAAAAUUAAAUUAUAAAUCAUAAAUAGAAAAUAGAAAAAUGAAAAGUAAGGUAGUGCAAAAAAAAACAGAGAGGCAAGUCCGGAUAUUUGGAGGGUACGGCUCAGAUCUGGGUCAGGAUCCAUUCAGCAGUCUUUUCACAGUUGGAAAGAAGCUGUUCCCAAAAUGGCCGUACGAGUCUUCAAGCUCCUGAGCCUUCUCCUGGUGGGAAGAGGGACGAAAAGUGUGUUGGCUGGGUGGGUCAUGUCCUCGAUUAUCCUGGCAGCACUGCUCCGACAGCGUGCGGUGUAAAGUGAGUCCAAGGACGGAAGAUUGGUUUGUGUGAUGUGCUGCACCGUGUUCACGAUCUUCCUUCAGUCUUGGACAGGACAACUUCCAUACCAGGUUGUGAUGCACCCUAGAAGAAUGCUUUCUAUUUUAUUGGCUUUCACUGAGUACUGAGCUGCACACUUGUCUAGAGAGUCGUCUUUUACUCCCGAUUCAUUUAUGAUCAUCACCUCCUUUGGGGUUUUACCGCAGCAUAUAGUACAUCGACGAUCCCCAUAUCAACAUUCUCUGCGAUUCUUUGGUUCACUCUCCCAUCUCCACAAAAUGCUUCCUUUCUUGCCACUUCCCCAUGGAAACAGCUGCCCUUUUAACUCUACCUUUUCUACUCUACAGGGGCCCAAACUAGGACGUGAAGCAUCAAUUCACCUGCUCUUCCUCAAAUUUACUGCAUUGAAUUGAGUACUCAAGUUCUGGUCUCCUGUAGAUAUUGCAGAUUGGUGACCUCUCUUUAUUAUGCAAUGCUGAUCCUGAUUCCAUUCUCCUGUCAUUUAAAUUUUCUGCUUCUACUGUGUUUUAUCAGCCUUCUGCAUUGCUUCAGUGGUGUUUAAAGUGACCUUGAGGAAGAGCACCUUCUAUAUGAGUACAUCUAAGCCAUUGCAACAUAAUAUUGAUACAACAAUAUCAGGAACCACUUUUUUUUAUUAAUCUUCACUGAUGUUGAACUUUUUCUGUUUCAAUUAAUUUCCUCCUUUCAUCUGCAACUGCUGAUUUUUUAAAGUAAUUAUUACCUUGAUAAUUACUUCACCCCGUGCUCUCCUUGGAAAUGAGCAUGCUUGUUUCCUCACCAUUCCAGUUCUAUCAAAAGAACCCUAAGCAUGUACAGUAAUGUGUUUCUUUCUCCAUUGACGCUACCUGACAUACUGAGUGUUUCCAGCAUUCUCUGUCUUUGUUACAGAUUUCAGCAUCUGCAAUUCUUUUUUUUUUGCUUCAACUCUUGAGUAUUAGUUUUUUAAUGUAAUUUUAGUUCAGGGGCAAGUUUAAUUUUGGUGCAAAUGAUCUUGCCAUAAUAUUCAAAAAAGUUCCUAUAAUAUCAAUGUAAAUCAGAAAGAACUAAUCAAAUUUAGUGGGACUGAAGCUUUAAAACCAGAAUCAAUCCACAAGUUGGGCAUUGCCACUAAAGAAAUGUGUUUAUGUUUUGGGGACAACUGUUCUGGUGUCAAAGUUAAACUUUGUUGAUACCAUAGAGAGUGUGCCUUUCAUAGUUUGCUAAACAGUUGAUAAGGGAGGAGGAGCAUGUACUGCCAUUAAAGACACGACACAGAAAGAAGAAAUAGUAACAAUGCUGUAUAUGCUAACCAGGUGGUCCAGCACCAAAAGGAAGAAUCUCAUUGGCUUCAUGCCUCCUCCCUGUUUCUCUGUUGACAUCAACAUGGUCUCUCAAGUACCCAUCAAUGGUCCACCAUUGAUUUCCUUAGAGUAAUUAGCCAAAUAUUAUUGGUUGUUUACAUUCUCAAAAUAUUUGAGUGCAAUCAUCUUUUAAUGUUUCAAAUAAACUAUACAAACACCUUUUUUAUAUACCUGUCUAAAUUAUUUUUAAGCAGGUUUCACUAUUCUACUGCAUUAUAAAAAUACUUGGUUCAGAACCUAAUGAACUGUAUUCUCUAAUAAACACUGUUUUUCAGAGUAACCAGAAAAGCAAAAGCUUGCUGCUUACAAGGACAAGUCAAGUUUAUGGUUUUCUGCCAAUUCCCCGUAUCGUAGUUUAACUCAAAACACAGGGUGUGUUCCUAGUGUUGUGAGAUGUAGCAUGCUCAUUUACCUCCAAUGGAGUGCACAGACAUUCCUCAGUUACUGCUAUUGCAUCUGUUCCAAACAAGAUUACCUUCUGUUUAGGAAGAGUUACUAUGAACUGGGAUUUACUGAACAAAUAAUGAUGGAUUUCAGAUCAAGGAUGGGCAAUACAUGCUGGCCUUGUUAAUACACUGUGUUUUGCCAUGUGAGUAUAUUGCCCAACUACCCUGAUGAGCACCCUUCUUGAACAGCUGCAGCCUAUUGGAUGAGGAUGUGUCAUACAGUAGAGAAAGAAGCCCUUUGUCCCUUUUCACCCAUACCUAUCUUGUACCUAUCUAUACUAAUCAAAUUUACUGACAUUAGAUCCAUAAUCUCUGUUUAGGCAAUUUGGGCGCUUGGCUGGAUGCUUCCCAAGCACUGAGGCUAUCUGUUUCCACUACCUCUUAAAGGUAGUGUGUUCCUGUUUCCAACCAUACUCAUGUACAGAAACCCAGAGCUGGAAGUUUCAGAGUGCUGUUGGCUAUGUUUCCUAAAUUAUCCCUAUAGAAUUUGAAUGUAUUCCCAGAUAAUCAUUGAGAGCUGCUUGGGAGUCAGGUUACUGAUAAUGCUAGCAUUUGCAGUUCCUUCAUUAUCUUUCUCUAUCAAAAUGUGAAACAAUACUUGUACCCAACCUGUGGAGUGCUUUCCAAAGAAGACUAAAUAGGGAAUGACUUGUCCUGUUUCUGACUAGCUCAUUAGGGUAACUUGGUUGGCAUGGACAAGUUGGGUGGAGGGUGCCUGUUCUCCAGGCUAUACACCUGUGACUGUAAUAGAGGUUGGACAAUCAGUGCUGGUUUUACGAGAAUUGCCUGUAUCUUGCAAGUCACUGCAAUAGGAUAGGAAAAGAAAUUGUGAUCUUUAAUUUCAAACUAUUACACAAUAUUUAAAACAAACUGAUUUUAUACAAGUCAUGGGUGAUAAUUUACUGGAGGGCCAAUGAGUAUAUACACACACAAAAUGCUGGAGGAACUCAGCAGACCAGGCAGCAUCUGUGGAAAAGUGUACAGUUGACUUUCAGAAUCAGGUUUAUUAUCACUGGCAUGUGUCGUGAAAUUUCUUAACAUAGCAGCUGCCGAAAGUAACCCUUUAACUGAAUACUUUACAUUACCACAGGAAGUUCAUAAAGCAUCAGUGUUUUAUAAAAUGUUCAAGCAUUCUGUGGGUGAAUGGUGUAACAAUCUCAAAGCAGUAUGGCAGAAGGAUCUUGGAAGCGAUGUUGAAGAUAAUGAGUGGUCAAAUAUUUUAUCAAAUGUGGGUAGACAUAUUAGGGAAGUGAGAGGGAAAUUUAUUCAAUAUAAGAUAGUACGCAGAUAUUAUUGGACACCAACUAGACUCUACAAAAUGGGGAUUGUUGAUAAUAAUUUAUGCUGAAAAUGUAAAAAUGAAGUGUCACAUAUUUUCACAUGAUUUGGGAGCGUUCCAUGGUUCGUACAUUUUGGUGUAAAGUUCUUGAUCUGUUGGGGAAUUGGUGGGGUUCCGCACUGCCCUUGUGCCCACAACUUUGUCUCCUAGGUGAUAGGACAAUGAUACCUAAUGUAAACAAUGACAAGUUCACUAUUUUAAAGGUGGGUCUCAUCACAGCUGCAAGAACUAUAUUGCAAAACUGGAAAAAACCCGUAUGUCCCACUGUGAAGGAAUGGACUGAGGAAAUGAUUAAGAUUUCAUCAUAUGAACACAUGCUGGGAAGAAUUAACAGUGAGGGAA